AGUUAGGCGGCGCACGCGUGCUGCUGCUGCUGCGGCGCCGGAAGAGGCGUUCAGCCCGCACAUACACACGCGGUCGCUCGCUUCUGCUCCUCUGCCGCGUCUCAGCUGUGCCGUUCACCUCCGCUCUUCACGCCUCGUUCUGUUUCUCCAGCUUCGCCCAGCUGCUGCUCCUGUUACUGUUCCGGAAUGGGCAUGCGAUAUCGGCGCGCUGUGCGGGCCGCGGUCAUGGCCCGGCGUUGCCUCUCCGCUCUCGUGAGAAGCGCCGUGCCACGUGAUUGCCGGCUGUGACUCGUUCUCGCGCACUCCCGUAUCUCGGCCUUUGGUGAGCUCGUUCUCACCCGCACGCACUUCUGCUUUACAGCCAAGCAGUGUGGAUUUAUGUUUGCCGUGUGUGUGCUCUAAGAACGUAAGACAACUUUAAAGAAGAGAGAGAACAGAUGUUUGGAGGCAUGACUUUAACGCCUCCGGCAUCGUGGACGGCCUCGCUGGGGCUCUGGUGGUGCCUGUGGUGGCACGCGCGAUGCCUGGUCAGUGUGGGACUGGUCAACGCGGCGUGGACUUCUGGAGGUGAGUUUCUCCUCGGUAACAAGAGUGCCAUGCAUCACUUUGGCCGAGUCUUCGCGAAAGAAAACAGCUACUUCGCUUCGCUUUACAGCACUUCCAAAGAUCACGAAGUUCUUCCGGAGUUUGCUGAGCCAGUGCCAAACGUGACAGCAAUCGUGGGCCGCAGUGUGAAGCUUCCCUGUGUGGUCAAUAACUUGGGCCACUACCGGGUUGCAUGGUUGCGAGUGGAGAGCAAAACGAUCCUGACGAUCCACAAGAGCGUGAUCACGCAGAACUACCGCGUCCACCUCAGCCCAUCUGACCGUACUUGGCUACUGGUCAUCGACAGCGUCCAAGAGUCAGACCGUGGGGGAUACAUGUGCCAGGUCAACACUGUGCCCAUGCGCAGUCAAGUCGGAUACCUCGACGUGCUCGUGCCCCCGGACAUCGUGGGCAGUGAAAGCAGCUCUGACGUACUGGUGCGCGAGGGGUCGAACGUGACAAUCGUGUGCCGAGCCAAGGGCUACCCGACGCCCCGCAUCACCUGGCGACGGGAGGACGGAACGCCCAUUGCCGUGGGAAAUUGGCAAGAGCAGCUCGGAUCGACCGCAACUGACAAUGUGUCUUACGAGGGCGAAGAGCUGAGCAUCACCAAAGUCAGCCGUCUCCACAUGGGAGCCUACCUCUGCAUCGCCUCCAAUGGCGUCCCAUCUCCCGUCAGUCGGAGAAUUCUGCUCCAAGUGCACUUUCCGCCCAUGAUCUGGAUUCCCAACCAACUAAUUGGAGCUCCGCUGGGUGGCGAAGUUGUGAUGGACUGCAAUACGGAGGCGUUCCCGAUGUCCAUAAACUACUGGACCCUGGAGAGCGGCGAUCUCAUCGCCGAAUCGGCAAAGUACUCGCUCAACCGCUCGGAGAAUGUGUACAAAGUGCACAUGCAACUACGAAUUCGUCGUAUUUCUCCUGAGGAUUUCGGCGCUUACCGAUGUUUUGCGAAGAACUCACUGGGCUCCACGGAGGGAUCCAUUCGACUCUAUGAGAUUCAUGUUCCACCACCGUCGAAAGUUAAGGAACCAUCAACAGCGAGGAUACAGAGCAUUGAAGAAAGCAAAAUGGAACUUCCUCGGGACUCCGUAACAAAACAGCGAAGCUAUCCUGCCAGACCAGCGCUCACCGGGUCGCCAACCAAGAUACAGGAGCCAACCGAUGGUUCGGGAUGCCCUGGAAGCAAAGUCGCCUUGAUAUCAAUAUGCCUGGUGGCCACGGCUCGUCUGCUUACGUGAUAACGUGCACUCCGUGCGGAGAGGAGUCACAAAAAACGUUAUGGUGAUCGAGAGCCUUCCAUCAUCUUCUCAUCGAAGACGCGAGCAAGUGAAGCGAGGCAAUGCGAGCAAAAGUGGCAUCUCUCCUGCAACGUCAACGAUGCCUGCCACGUCAUGGUCUCCUAGCUGACUUGGCACGUCAUCGGGCCAGCACUCGUACGCGGCGCCCGAAACCGACACGUCCCAGAUCCUCCAUCAACAGGCUCAGUAGCUUGCCGAAACAAGUCAAAGUUGUCUGUACAGUAGAGUAAAUAAGUGGCAUUGUUGUAUUGUUACCCCGUGUGUUGUUCGCACGGCUGAAGUGAAUGUUUCAGCUAACUUGAGCUAGAGCUUAAAAAUAUGCCUAAGACGACGCGACCAAAUUUGCAUGUUGCUCACUUGUGUAUGUAGUGUGUCACGCUAUUUUUGUGAUUUGUUUAAUUGGUUAAUUAAUAUCGACUAAUUAUCUAACUUCUGAAGCAACGAGGCUAGCAAAAAAUUCCAAUUAGAUAGUUACAGAGUGGUUUGCAAAACGUCCGAUUAAACAGUUUCUAACUUUCUAUAUAUUAGGCACUAAUGUUUUCCCGCUUGCUGCAGAUGCCCGCGAAAUACAAACAAAUACCACGUGACAUGUCCACUUGCGCCCCGUGGUUUCAGCGCUCCCAAACGCUCUGCUUGCAAAGGAACAUAGCAUUUACCCAGGUGUGGUGCCGCUGCGCCUGCUUAUCGCUGUCAUGAACUGCCGCGAGGGAAGCACAUCGGUGGCGUAAAUCGCACAGCCAAUGCCUGCGUCACUGCCAUGUCGCCUUUUAAGCGGCAGCACACCCGGCUAGGCGCUAUGUUCGUUUGUACGAGAAAUGUUUGGGAACGCUGCAAUCACGACGCGUAAGCGGGCAUGUCACGUGGUAUUUUUAUUAUUUUUUUAAAUAUAUCGCGGGCAUCUGCAGUAAGCGGAAAAACACUAAUACUUAAUAGAUAGAAAAACAGAAACUGUUUACUCGGACGUUUUGCAAACCGCUCUGCAACUUUCUAAUUGGAAUUUUUUUCCUAGUUUUGUUGCGUCGGAAGUUGGUACAUUAAUCUUGACUAAUUAUUUAAUUAAGCAAAAUACAAAAAUAGCGUGGCACACUACAUACAAAAGUGAGCAGCAACAUGCAUUUGGUGGCGUCGUCAUAGAGUGGCAUAUUUUUAAACUCUGGUUAAGGUUAGCUGAAGCAGCCGGUAUAUAGAAGCAUACCUAAGUGUUUACGAUUCAAUGUCUUCGGCCUCUUGAACUUUCUGCCUCGCUGUUGUCUGCUCUGCAUGGCGUCUGCUUACUGACGGAGCUCUAGCUUACGUGCAUGUUUCCCAAUCAGCCAAAUGGAAGGAAGCAAAGUCGUGUGCACAAACGACAGAAAAAAUCAACAUAAAUUUCGACAAAGGCAAAACUGCCCGAAGUGCGCAGACGCACGAACAUCUGAGAAUAGCUAUCCGCGUCGUGUUCCCAAUGAUAGCAGCUAGGCCAUCUCCGCAGGAGACGUAAGCUGUCAUACACUCAAGGAUCCGUACUUUGUAAAUCGGCUUUCGUUAUGCAUUAGCUUAUGUGCCAGCGUAGCUUUUCUCGCUUCUUCGUGCUCAUUCCCCGAAACAUCAUCCAGCGAAAACCGUUCUAUUGGGUUGUAGCAGAAUGACGUUCAAUGUGGCGCACAUCGUUCUCUUGGCAUACGACACAGACAGCGAUAAAAUCAGAUCUGGUUUUUGUAAUAUCGCUGUUAACUGUAUAACUCGUGGCAACCCCGAGAAGGUGCGGCGGCCUCUCCGACCUCGGGCUGGAGCGUGAUGGACCACUAUGCUCUGAGAACCGGCAGUAUGGAGGAGUGAUGCGUCGCGCCCUUUUUUCCGGAAUUCAGUUCCCAUACGUACGUAACAUCUGUCAGAAGUGUAGGACGGAACAUCUGCCGCACACGCCGCAAAGGUCUCCUUCGAGACGGCCUCCAUACUGUCGCGUAAAUCUUCAGGCGACCAAAAGGACUUGGUGACCCCGGGCGGCUAAUUACCCAAAGGCAAACCAAGCAUUACUUUGCCUUGCUUUCCUGAACUCGAGAGAAACGACGUAUCAAGCUUCACGGAACCUAUAGCCUGUCAUUGUCUGGUUCUUAAAGUGGCACGAUCCCAAUUAUAUCCGCUCACUUUUCUUUUGUUCUUGUCUUGUGAAUACUUCUAUCCCAGAGAGUCAGAAACGCGUUUAUUAGGCGGGAGAGAAGCAUGACAAGCUAAAUGGAAGUGGAAGGUCAUGUGAUUACUCUAAAAAGAAACUUUCAGCACAAGUGUUGCUGUAUGCUCUCGUAACCGCUGCAUGCUCUUCCAUCGCAGUACACGAAAAGUUAAGGUAUUAAUUACAGCUCUAGCGCCCAUGUACAGAAAUAUAAGGUGGCUGCACCACCCUCUUAGUUCCUCUCUCAGGUAGACCAUCUGUUAAUACUCUGUCACACCAUCAUGUGUACAUACAUACAUCAUCGAUCAUUACAAAGUUCUCCAUCAGUGAUUUGUCGUGUUCCGCUGCUGUGAACUCAGUGGCGGCAUGUGCUAUGUGCAAAGUAUAAAUAAAGGUGUUCAAAUCUUCUUA